AACAGCCAUGGCAAAGUAGAAUACAAAUGAGACACCCAGAUAAAACCCAAGAAACAGUAGAGUUCCAGCAGCAUGAGUGGGGUUUUGCCUUCCCCACCAUUUAUUUCCUUCUCUUCUAUUAAAUCCAAUAACCAAACUACCAACUUUAGCUGUGCUCUUAGCCCUGUUACUAAUGGUUUCUCAGAUUUAAAGCUUAAAAAGAAUUUGGCUUUUGGAUUUAGAAAUGAAACGACACAGUCUCAUACAAUCAAUCUCCGAUGUAAUAGCACCACUGGACCUGGUGGCCCUGGUUCCGGUGAUAAUGAAAGCAGGAGUGUUCUGGAUGCUUUUUUCUUGGGAAAAGCUCUAGCAGAAGCAGUUAAUGAGCGAGUUGAAUCUGCUGUUGGGGAGUUUCUUAGCACAAUUGGGAGGCUGCAAGCUGAGCAACAGAGGCAAAUACAGGACUUCCAGGAAGAUGUGUUGGAAAGGGCCAGAAAAGCCAAGGAAAAUGCAGCAUGGGAAGCGAUGGAGGCACAAGGACUUGUUUCCAAGCCUUCUACAGUUGAUGCAGCAUCAACUACAUACGGCAUUAACUCAGCAACAUCAUCAUCAACAACCACCAAUGCUGUCACUCCUACAAAUUCUUCCUCAUCUCCAAAUUCAACCGCUGUCUCUACUGCUCAGACAGGUUCAGAUCCUGCUGGGGGAGGCACUGGUUUUGGGGCGUUGAAUGAUGAUUGAGCAUGUCAUACUUCCCAUUAGAUAAGUUUAAGGCAUGGCUCACCCCUACUAGUUAAUGGCUGAAUGCCAAGCCUCCACUGCCAAUUGGAUUUGUUCAUACUUCAUAGUUGAAUGAUAUAGAGAGGUAGACUGUAUCUUCACAAUCUCACAUGAAGACUUGAUAAGUUGUUGGGUUUAAUUCUUUCACA